AUGUUCGGUUCAUACAGCUCAUACAGCUCGGCGAGCGCAAUGUCCGCCGCCAUCGACAUCAGCCCCUCCAACCUGCGCAGCACCCGCGAUGCCUCAUGCGCUUUCCCCUCGUGGCCUCGACGCGAGUCUCUGUCCGAGUUUGGCCGCGAGGAGCGAGCCACCUCAUUCCUCUCCGACGACGACCUCCUCCUGUCUGACCCCUUCGACGACGACAGCCACAGCGUCGCCAGCUCCAGCGCCUCGUCUUCCCCCAUGAUGAUGCAGUCUCCUCCUCACCUUACCGACUUCGAGGUCCUGGAGGCCCAGCGCGAGAAGCUGGCUGCUGUUCAGCGCGAGGCUGUCCGCCAGGUCAUGCUCGAGAAGGAGCGCCGCAAGCUGGCCGCCAAGAAGAAGAGCCGAGCUCACGUUAGCUCCAAGAAGAGCCCCAAGUCCAAGCUUAUCUCCAUGACUCCCAUCUCUGAGUAA